GACUUGUUUGCCUCUUCUUUGCACAUUCAUACAAAACACCUACCUAGACCUUACACUGCGAUUUAUCCCGAGCUCUCUCACAUUCUCAUAGUCACGUCUCACGUCUUAGUCGGUCAGCCCCACGUGAGCCAGCGGAAUAGCAGCCGACCUGAGCUUAACUCACACCAGUGUAUAAACCGACGUCUACCGAGGCUCUCGCUCUUUACUGCUGUUUCAGAGGCUCUGCGCUGGGUGACCCUAAGUCCUGAAUAAGUCAAGCCUUGACCAAGGCAGUAGUCCUGUGAGCUUUACCAACCCCGGAUUGUUUUCUCACAUGUUAGUGAGAACCCUUGCACAUUGUCACUAGUUACACUCUCUUGAUGACAUUGAAACCUCAUGUGUCAACAUCUGUGUUCAUAACUCAUUGAGUGCCUGCAGAUAUCAAGACUCACCCAAUCGAGACCUCCUCCGAUGGAUCAACAGCAGGAGGCUUCAUCAGCCCCAAGGUCACUCACGGGAGCUGACCGCAUCAGAGCUCUGAAAGAUGAAACUGCAAUCUUCACUGCAUUUGACACAUACCCGUGGACAAAGGAUAAGAACUUUAUGUCUGGUCUCUACGCUAUUCUUGGUGAACCAGGCCAGCAAAACCCUCAAGCAUCUCUCGCAGAUAUGGCUAUCCACGCUCGAAUAUUCUACUAUGCUCAGCGCAUUGGUGUCAGUAUUGAAUUCAGCGCCUACAAGGCGUGGCUUGCCAGCAAUUCUGACCAUCAACCCCCGGAUGUUUUGCCUGAGGAAUAUCGUCAGCGAGACGAAGCCAAUGCUUCUCCAGCGCCGGUCCUAGACUGGCAGAAAGCUGCACCAAAAACAGAUCUCUACGUUGAUCGGAAAACCGCUGCUGCUCAGUCUGGCUCACAGGAUCAACCAAGUUACCCAAUGGGAUUUGCCGAAAUGAUCAAACUUAUCCAAGAAGGCAAGCCUGUGCCUGGUAUCCGCCAGAUCCCAAACACUGUUGUCAGAGAUCCUGCUGUGAAGCCAGUUGGAGCGAGAGCUGUUCCCAGAAAGCCGUGGGAAAAAGAUACCACAGUUGACAUGCCUGUUCUCCCCGACCUACCAAAAGCACUCGAUACAGAAUUUCCCCCAGUACAAGACGAUGGGCCUGUUUCUUCAGCAGCUGGGGCCUCUUAGAUUCCAGAACGCCAUUUCUCAAUAUCAUAUAGCAUCAAUGGCGUUGGGAGUAGCGAUCGCUGGCAAAAAUACACUUGAUUCUGACGUUGGGCGGAACAAAAUCACCGAGGUACUAUAAAUAUGGCGACGUACUAUUACAGUAUACAGGAGAGGCAUAUAGGAUAAUAAAAGCAUCAAUCGUUUAUUAAAA